AUGAAAAAUAUGAAAAAACCCCAGGAAAUUAGCAAAGGAAAAAGAAAAGAGGAUAGUUUGACUACCUCUCAGAGAAAGCAGAGGGACUCUGAGAUCAUGCAGCAAAAGCAGAAGAUAGCCAAUGAGAAGAAAUCUAUGCAGACAAGAGAAAAAUGA